AUGGACUUUUUGUCUUACCACCAUGUUAAGCUAGAUUGUAGAGCUAAAGUGGUGGAAUUUUGCAUCCCAGGUGAGGUAACUCUCAAGCUAGAUGUAAGGGGUAGAUUAGCUUCGUCUGCUUUGAUUUCAGGGAUUCGAGCUAGGAAAAUGUUUCACAAGGGAGCCCAGAGUUUCUUAGCUUUCUUAAUUGACGCCCCUAGUGACCAAGUGAAAUUAGAAUAUGUGCCAAUCGUACGAGAUUUUUCCGAUGUCUUCCCGGAAGAAUUAACAUUUUUGCCACCUGAAAGGGAGAUAGAGUUUAAGAUUGACUUGGUUCCAGGAAUAGCCCCAAUUUCAAAGACUCCUUAUAGAAUGGCUCCUACGGAGUUGAAAGAACAAAAGAUCCAGUUGCAGGACCUACUAGAAAGAGUGGAUCCAACUAAAGUGGAGGCAGUUACUUUGUGGAAACAACCAGAGAAUCCAACUGAAUUUAGAAGUUUCUUGGGAUUGGCAGGUUAUUACCGUCGUUUUAUAAAAGAUUUCUCAAAAAUUGCUGGGCCAAUGACGGAGUUAACUAAGAAAAAUCAUAAGUUCAUUUGGAGCCCUAAAUGUGAAGCGAGCUUUCAAGAAUUGAAGAGGCGAUUGACUACGGCUCCAGUGUUAGCCCUACCUGAGAGAAUUGAUGGGUAUGUAGUAUAUUCCGAUACUUCUAGAGAAUGGUUAGGCUGUGUUCUAAUGCAAAAGGGAAAAGUUGUGGCCUAUGCUUCUAGGAAAUUGAAACCCCAUGAGAUGAAUUACCCGACCCAUGACCCAGAGUUAGCCGCUAUUAUUUUUGCUUUGAAGAAGUGGAGACAUUACUUGUAUGGAGAGACAUUUGAGGUAUUCACCGACCAUAAGAGUCUUAAGUACUUGUUUUCACAAAAGGAGUUGAACUUGCGACAGAGGCGUUGGGUAGAAUUUCUUGAGGAUUAUGAUUGUUCAAUCAAUUAUCACCCUGGAAAGGAAAAUAUGGUUGCAGAUGCACUAAGUAGGAGGGCUCAAGUAGUGGGUCUAAUGGUGAGAGAAUGGGAUAUGUUAGAAGAAGCGAGUGAUUGGAAUCCUCGUUUAGAAAUGUUGAAAAUCUUGUUUGGAAAUCUAUCCUUAAAAUCCCCUUUGUUAAAAAGAAUUAAGCAGGCUCAAGGGAAGGAUCCGAUAGUACAAGGUUAUUUGGAGAAAAAAUUUCAGGAGACUUUGGGGACUAAGUUGAAGUUGAGCACUGCAUAUCAUCCACAAACAGAUGGACAGUCGGAGAGGACCAUACAAAUCCCAGAGGACAUGUUAAGAUCCUGUAUAUUAGAUUUCGGAGGGAGUUGGAGCCGGUACAUGACGUUGGCAGAGUUUGCUUAUAAUAACAGUUAUCAGGCUUCAAUCCAAAUGGCACCGUAUGAGGCGCUUUAUGGUAGAAGGUGUCGAUCCCUUAUUCAUUGGGAUGAAGUAGGAGAGAAGAGAGUUUUAGACCCGACAGCUAUUCCAUGGAUCGAGAAAGCUUAUGAGAAGGUUAAACUGGUUAGGGAGAGACUUCAAACUGUUCAAAGUCGGCAGAAGAGUUAUGCAGAUCACCGAAGAAAAGAUUUGAAAUUUGACGUAGGGGACAAAGUCUUUUUAAGAGUGAAAUCUAUGAAAGAAGGGGUAGUAUCCAAGAAGGGAAAGAAAUUAAAGGCGAGGUACAUUGGACAUUUUGAAAUUCUUAAACGAGUUGGAAAAGUGGCUUAUCAGCUAGAUUUACCUCCUAGUAUGAGCAGGAUUCAUAAAGUCUUCCACGUAUCUAUGCUCAAGAAAUAUCAUCCCGACCCAAGUCAUGUGAUUCAAUUAGAUGAAGUUGAAGUGGACGAGUCUUUGACCUAUGAGGAGCGACCAGUUAAGAUUUUGGACCGAGAAAUUAAAGAAUUGAGAAAUAAGAAGAUUGCCUUAGUCAAAGUCUUGUGGAGAAAUCACGACGUCGAUGAGGCAACUUGGGAGGUAGAGAAGGACAUGAAGGACCAAUACCCAGAGUUAUUCGCUUGA